AUGACGGGGGUCAAGAGCUCAUUCUCAACGUUGGAAUUGCUUGAGCCGGGAACUCGGGCGAUCAAGUUUGCGAACAAGCGGUCCCUUGAGGUAGCUGGGGUGGGCACCGUGGAGUUGCGGUGUGAGACGCCCUCGGGAGAGCGGGUGAACCUUCUCUGUGAGGUGGCGUACGUCCCGGGUGUGGCGGAGAACCUCUUCUCGGUGAAGAAAGCAGCCGCGGUAGGGGCCGAGGUUGUGUUUCGCGGGGAGGUGUGUGAAUUGUCCAUGGACGGGGAGGUCAUGCUUCGGGCGGAGGAGAACGUGGAGGGCAUGUCGGUUGGUCCGGGGUGUGGGGGGGUCAAAGCGGAGGCGUUUCGGGAGGAGAAAAGUUCGGUGUACGAGCCUUGCAUCACGGGGAAGCAAACCCGGGAGCCAUUUUUCAAGGAGUCGGACUCCAAGGAGAGUACAAGCCCGGGCCUCGAGCUCGUGCACAUGGACGUGUGCGGGACCAUGCCGGUGACGUCAAAGGGGGGGAGUAGGUACUUGGCCACUUUCCGCGACGACUAUAGCAAGCUUUCGGUGGUGCAACCGAUGAAGCGGAAGAGCGACGUCACGGCGGUCACGGAGAGCGUGUUUGCCCGUUUGGAGUUACAAUCCGGGAAGAAGGUCAAAUCGGUGGAAACGGACCGCACUGGGGAGUACGUCAACGAGGGAAUGACCGCCCUCCUCGGGAAGAGAAGGACGGUGCAACGGACCUCGGCGGGGCACUCUCUCGAACAAAACGGCUCGGCGGAGCGGUUGAACCGGACGCUCGAGGAAGAGCACGGGCUUUGCUAG